CAAGCUUGACCUUGAACUUUUAAAGUGUUUAAGGUCGGCCCUUGUAAUUCAACCACAACUGUAUUGCAACUGUGACAACUUCAGGUUCAGUAGAUGGGCAAAGUGGGAGACACAGGCAGGAGUGUCAUUUGCUUCCAAACAGCACAAGACACUGCAGUGUAUAGAGAAUGGACACUGGCAGGACUUGGACAUGUAUGGCCUCGCCAGCUGCAGUGUACAGUUGGAACUGGAGCUGUUUCUCAGCACUGCAGCUCUAGUCCUGCUCCUCCUCUUGCCUGCGCUCAUGUACCACCUAAACAUGAACACCAGAUGGCACUACCGCUAUGAUGUGUACGUGUCUCACAGUGACCGGGACGAGAGCUGGGUCAUGAACAGCCUACUUCCAUUCAUGACACAGCAAGGGCCUCCGUUUUUGCGACUCUGCCUGCCCAGGAGGGACUUUCAGCUGGGGAAGGACAUCGUGGAGAACAUCACGGAUGGUCUUUACCGAAGCCGCCGCACCCUCUGCCUUGUCAGUCGCCACUUCCUGCGCAGCAACUGGUGUUCCCUUGAGAUGCGGCUGGGCACUUAUCGACUGCAGGCUGAACACAGAGACGUGCUCAUCCUGGUGUUUCUGGAGAAGAUCCCCUCUAACCUGCUCUCCGCUCACCACAGGUUGGCCCGACUGGUCAAGACCAGAACUUACAUGGAAUGGCCACAGGACCCGGCACAGCAACAGGCUUUCUGGGACUUGCUGUGGGACAAACUGGUGGCAGGGAAAAACUACUGAGUUUUUAGGAGGUGUCCAUAGUUAAUUGAAAAAUGUAAGAUCCUGACUUUAUUUGAUGCAUGUAAGGAUCACUGUAGUUGUUCAUGCUGUACAAUACAUGCUUUAUAGUUCACUGAAAGAAUGAGAAACCGUUUUACUUAAACAUGCAUACAUUUAAUAUGCCAUUAGUUGCUGUAAGUUACAAUGCAUACCUUCACAUGUAUUUAGUA